AUGACUAAUUUCCAAAUGCAAUUUAAUAAAAAUGUUUUUGGAUUAGUUCCUGGUCAAUUAAAUAUUGAUGCCAUUCCUCCAAAUAAACGUUGGGGUGCUUUACUUCCAGUUGGACUUAUUCCUCCUGAAAUUACAACUCCUGUUUCUUCUCGUUUAGAAGUUGCUAUUGCUAAUUCUACACAACAAAUUUAUUUCUAUGUUCUUGAAAUGCCAAUUGGUUUAUUAAUGAAAGAACAGUCUCAAGUUGAUAUUGCUAAUUGUGCUAAUUUAUGGAACUCUCUUCCAAAUACUAUGUCUAAAGAAUAUAAAGGAUCUGGACUUGAACUUAAACUUCAAAAAUUAUCUACUUUCAUUUUAGUUGCAACAAAAAAGGCUAAUGACAAAGAACUAUUAAUGUACACAAUUAAAUUCCUUAACGACAUCGACGUUAUGGUUGAAAUUACUUCUACUUCUAAAGGAUAUAAAAUCCUUGCUAAAUGCAUCGACAAACAAUAUUUAUCCUUUAUUUUCAAAUUCUUUGAUGGACUUUUUUAA